AUGCGUCAGUGUUAUUGUGAUGUAAGAAAAAGAGUUGAGUUGCGAAAAUAUAGUAAUGUGUUUAAACCCGUAAACGAACAAAGUAGUGAAGAGAAGCCAACUACCGUGGAUGAUGUACAUGAGAACGGGCUCGGAGAUGAUAUGCAGCCGACAUCAAGAAGAUCAACGAGAAAUCAACGACCUGUAAAUAGAUUUGGUCACUCAAUACCAUCUCGACUUAUUUCAUAG